AUGGAUGAGAAGAGCAGAUGGGAGCGCACCGUCUACAUGGGAAACCUUCCGGACGACAUCCGGGAGCAGGAUAUUGUGUACAUCUUGCAAGACUUUGGGCAAAUUAACGAUAUAGAUAUCAAACAAGCUCCACACGGUGUGACAUACGCGUUCGUGGAGUUUCGCAAUGCUGCGGAUGCAAAGGACGCAGCACUACGAAGGGACGGCUUCGACUUUGAAGGAGAACCGCUCCGAGUAGAGAUUAAAGAUGGCUUCAAAGGCAAAGGAAAGUCAAAAGGCUAUGGAAAAAGCAGCCAAAAGACAGGUGAUGAUGAGUUUUGCUUGGAGAUCUCCGGGUUGCCGGAAGGCACUUUGUGGACGCAGCUAAAGGACCACAUGCGGCAGGCUGGAGAUGUAUUGUAUUGCGACAUAUUCCACCAUGGUCGUGCUCAGGUGAGAUUCAAUGGCUACGCUGGGGCGAAGCGAGCCGUGGAGACCUUGGACGGGUCCUCUUUCCAAGGGAGCCACCGGAUUCGGGUCUGGUGGUCGCAGCGUCGACGGGACUGGGACGACCGGGGUUCCCCGCGCAGCCGCAGCCGGCGCUAA